UGUAUAACGACUGAUCGGGACACUGUAACAAAAGCGCAAGCAUUAUAUUUUUGUAGAUCAUUCUUAUUUCCAAUUUUAACAUUGCAUUUUCUUCUAUCGCAUAGUUACAAAUUGCUUCUCCAGUUGUAUCAGUAAUUGGGCAAAACCCCAGAAAAUAUACAUGUAUUGCAACAUGAUGUGUAUAAGAAACAGAAGCAAUAAUAGUAGCGAUUAGUUCGGUAUGAGACCUUUCUGGUGUAGAAUCUAAUGUUUUGUGAACGUAUUUGUGUGCUUAGGCCUAUAUCUACAUUUUCAAGGAUUUUAUUUUCUAUUUCACUCAAAUUUUGAGUUGCCUGUAUUAAUUGAUACAAAUAUCCUUUUUGUGUGUGUAAAGAUAUUUGUGAAUCUUUUAAAAGCGAGACCUUGCCAAUAAUUCGUUCUAUCAAGGAUUGCCAAGAGUGCUUUUCAAAAUCAUGCAUUCUUUAAUGCGUUGCAUCUAUUGUUGUUUUCUUUUAAACAUUUUCUUUCGUGUUGUUUCAGAACUAAUAGGACCCGAAUCAUUGAGUCAUUCUUGUACCUGUAAUGUAUGAUUUAUUUUAUUAUUCCUAAAACAACCGAUAUAUAUAAUUAAAUGCAGAAUAAAGUGAAGAUGAAGUGACCGGGGAUGAAAUGACCGGUCACCAAUUUAGAGAGCAUAUUAGUUUGUACAAAAAUAUUGUGCAUUGUAUUUAAAACGGACAGACCAAUGUCGUUGCAGAAUAGAAGUACACAAGAAGAUAAUAAGUUUGGACUAGGAGCAAGAAACAUGGUAUAAUAAACUGAUAGGAAAAAACUAUGGAUUUAGAGACAUGACCAUCAGAGAAAGAAAAGGACUAAAAAUUGUAUUGGUGGGGAGCGUUGUAAUGAUGGCCGUUCACUUUAAGGAUGAAAAAAUGUUCCGGAAAUACUGAAGUGUAGCAGGGUAUUAGUUAAUAAUAUUGUCUUUCUUUCGGUGCACGUGAAUUAAAAGAUUAAACAUUUACAGACUUAACUCAAGAAUUAAUAGAUAAUAUUAGAGUGGUAUGGUAUGCGCUCUGAACUGUCCUUUCGAUGAACUUUGGUUCGAACCUUACCCGCCACCAUACACCAUUCCUGUAGGAGGUUUUGGCUAGGAUUUAAUAAUCUGACGGAACAUUUGCAACAUGUAAAACAAAUAAACAAUAAUUAAAACUGGAAAGCUAACUUGUAUAUCAAUAUUGAAAAUGUGCAUUCAUUUUAUUCUAUUAGCAAAAUAUAUUUAAGGUUGAUUUCAUAAAAUUAAGUAAUUUGACUGAAAAUAUAGAUAUAGAUAGAUAUUAAAAUAGAUGCUAGAAAAUGAUUGACCGAAACUGAAACAUUACUACAUACUAUAAUUAUUAAAUUCAUUUAAUACUAUACUGAUGAUAUUGUAUUUUAUUGUAUGUCAUUAGCCCAUUGUCAUUUAGAACACAGCUUUGUAUAUUUAGUAUAUUUCAAUCACUUGAAGAAAAUAGAAUAUUAGUUAGCUAAUUGUGUCUAGCUGGGUGUGUCUGAAGAAUUAAUAUUAACUGGAUUUUUAAUUAGAGAUGGCCCAGAUACAGAGGUUUCUAAUAGUGAACAAUAGACAUCGAAGGAAUGGAAUAUAGACACAAUGGUGACUUACAAUAAUGGAAGGGGGAAUAACUUUGGUUUCAGAUAAGUACAAGAUUUAAUAAAUAAUAACAAGUUAAAAUAAUAUAGAUGAAGUAAUUCUUUCUACAACUGCUGCUUAUAGUUACACUAAGUGUGACCAUAUUGACUCUUUCACUUAUCCCGAUGUUCAGUUCACUUUCUAAGCUGUUGGUUUCUUCUAGAAAGAAAUGCCGCGGUAGGCUUGUCAAGAAUGUUAGAGUGAAUUCAGAUGUAGAUCUAGAAGUGCUUUCCUCCCGUCACGGAUUUGGGAAUGGUUUCUUCCAAAUGUAAGUUUAAGGAAUCAGGCUAGAACUCAUGUUAGGAACCUAGAAACCAGGAAUCCAGAAAUCCACUCUAGUUAAAACCAAGAGUGGUAACAAGGAACUAGGAAGAUGAAAUAUCCCAGUUAUACAUCCGUAUACCGUAAAGUGGACGACCAGCGACAGGUCCUACCUUAUGUAGAUCACCAUACAAAAUGUCUUGUGGAAGUCGACCUUCUGGCAUUCUAUGAACGUAGCCAAGCCAGCAAAAGCCCUGCUGCUGAUAUCACAGCGGAUGUCCUGGCACCCUGAUCUUUGUAGCACUUUCUCACUGGUUAUUAUGUCUUGCCACAUUAUUUUAGACAUCCUAAGUGGAAGAUAUUUAGCUUUUUUUCCUGCCAUGAGUAGGUUGAUCAUGUUUCACUACAGUAUAUCAAAGUGCUCAUAAAACAGAUCCGGUAGACUAAGGCUUUGGUAUUGUUCGCAAGAUACGUAAAAUAAAGUAAACUCUCUCGUAUCGAAAAAAAAACAACUAGGUUACAAAAGACAGUUUGUGUGGAAACACAAACUCAAAAUCGGCCCCCGAAGUGGUCCACCCAGGCAGGCUUCAAUAUUUUCAGAAAUAACAUCCAAAUGAAAUUAUUUCAAAGACAAAUGAGAAAUAAGAAUGGAGAAAGAAGGUUAACAGAUCUUGUGUAGUGCCCCAACGGUCCCGCGGAUCAAAGAAUAGGUGAAAGUGAAUGUAAAUUUAGAUGUGAACCUGGCCUAACUAGUUCCCCUUUUAGACCUUGUGGCAGAUGAUGUAAAGUUCAUCUGUUUUUGUGGCCUACGGUUAACGAGGGUGUCAUGUAGCCAGCAAAACGACCAACUGCCUUUACUUUUGCAUCAGAACUUUGAAUGGUCUAAAAUAUUGUGAUGUCAGAUUUUCAAUAUCCUUUCUAGUUUACGAGAUCUGAUUGGGACGGACAGACGGACAGACAUUUCGCACAAAACUAAUAGCGUCUUUUCCCCUUUCCCCUUUCGGGGGCCGCUAAAAAGACUUUUUGAGUGAGUCUUACUAAGCUGAGUGACGUUGUAGAAAGUUUUUUCCUUUUACGUUCCUUGGAAUGAUUUUAUUAAAUGAAAUGCUAGAACUCGUAAGCCAAUGUCUAUUAACCUUCGUUAACUCUCUCGUAUUUAAAAAGGCAUUAUUUAGUCUAACUAGUUUAAGAAGCCGUGAAACGUAGUGUAAAAUUUUUUGUUUGCUUUAAUUGCAUAUAGAAUAAACUCUUUCAACGAAAUGCAAAAAACUAGGUGAGCCAAUGUCUAGUAACCAUCGUCACCUCUCUCGUUUUGAAAAAGACAUUUUAGUCUAAUUAGGUCGUGUUACGUAGACGAAUUUUUUUUCUUUCUGUUAAUAUCAUUCGGAAUGAAAUCUUUAAAUGAAAUACUCUAAGAACUCGGUUUACGGGUGUACCAAUGUCUAGUAAACCUCGUCAAUUCUUACGUAGUGAACAAACAAGAAAAAAAAAGACAAUGUUCCACUCUAACUUGGCCAUGUAGCCUAACAUUGUGGAUUUUUUCCUUUAACUUCAUUUAGAAUAAUUUUAUUCAAUGAAAUAAUUCUCGUGCCUUAAUGUCUAGUAACCCUCGUCAACGUUUUCGUAUUAAAAAAGUUGGAGCCGACUCUAUUAUAUAUUUAUAUUAUAUAUUAUACUAUUAUAUUUCUAUAUUUAUAUUUUUGUAUUUUUUUAGAUCUAUUUUCACUUUAAAUAUGAGUCUGUUCGUAGUUAUUAUUUGAUUUUAAACUAUAGAUUGAAAUGGGAAGAAAUACGAUAUUACAUCAAAACUAAGAAAUCAACAAAUUCUCCUUGUUCCUGGCACAGUUCCCUCUCUCCCCAUGACAUUGCUGAACACAAGGCACGCGUGAGCGUGCACGACAGUCUUCAAAAUGUGGCUCUCAUACUGAGCGCUCCUCUACUUUCCCAAUUAGUUCUAUGGUGUUUUUCUGAGAUGAACACAACUACUAAGUGUCAAGCCUAUUCUACAGAUGCAUUUCCAUGGAAGGAAAUGAUUAUAUUCUAUUUAAUAGGGAAAUUCAAAUUAAGGCUACAGGGACCAAAUGUCAAUCACUAUUUAAAGGUUGACUGGACAAAAGGACAAACGUACUCAUUUUUAAAGAAUUGCAACAUCAAGCGGGACUCGAACUUAGACCCUAGAUACUAACAUGUCAUACACUGCACUAGACUUGAUUUAAAAUAGGCAGCAUAACAAACUGUGUGCCAUCUUGUCAAAAAUAUGCGAUUUAAGAUGUGUAAAAUAAUACAUCUGACAAUCGAGUAUUGGAACUAUGGAGACAUACACGCUUAUAUCGGCCAGGGAUGUGCCAUAAAAUGGAUACCUUCAACUGAAAACAUCCUUAGCCAAUGAGUUUUCUAUCCUAAGUGACUCUCUGAUUCAGGGGCAAAUACUACUAGUGUUUCUAAUGGUUCAACGUGACUGCAUGGAUUCCUUAUUGAUUGUAACCCACGCCACAAAUGAUAAUGUGCACAAUCUUGGUGCGAACAGGUUGAACACAAGUUGGCCAUCCCAUGACCUGACAACUUUCACUCACAUUAUGAACAACAGCAAUAAAAGCCAGGCAGGCGUGUCCAACGAACAACCCGUCUACGCACAAGUCAUUAUUGUUCUUAUGUAUGUCCUGAUUAUUUUAGUUGCGGUAGGAGGGAAUCUUCUCUUCUCGUACAUUAUUGUCAUGAAUCCAAAGAUGAGGUCUCUAACCAACUUGUUUCUACUCAAUAUUGCUAUCAGUGAUAUAGUGAAAGCUGUGAUAUGUAACCCGUUUACUUUCAUCGCCAAUUUAAUCCUUCUUUACUGGCCCUAUGGAGAAUUUAUGUGCCAAGUGGUGACCUAUAUUCAGGUUGUUGCUGUGUUUCUGAGUUCUUUCACACUUGUAGCAAUGAGUGUUGACAGGUAUGUGGCUAUUGUAAAACCGAUGAGACCCAGGUUGUCCAAGCGUGCUUUUGUGGUAACAAUGAUCAUCAUCUGGCUACUGUCUCUUUCCGCUCCGUUACCUACAGCCAUUCUAUCAAAAAUUAUAGUUCAGCCAUCUGGAUUAGGAUUAUGUCUAGAAGAUUUUGAAAAUAAUCACAACAAAUAUAUCUACAGUAUUGCCAUCAUGAUCUUGCAAUACUUCGCUCCUUUGGCUGUUAUUACUGUCACGAAUUCUCACAUUGGUUACAUUGUCUGGAUUAAAAGAACCCCAGGUGAAGCUGAACAAGAUAGAGAUCGAAGAAUGGCUGCUGCUAAGAGAAGGUUGGUGAAAAUGAUUAUUAUUGUUGUAUCUAUCUACGCUGUCUGCUGGCUACCUUUGCAUGUGAUUACUUUAGUUGGAGAUAGCAAUCCAACCAUCUAUAACAACCCUCACAUGGAGCUGGUUUGGCUUUGUGCUCACUGGUUGGCCAUGUCUCACUCCUGUUACAACCCUAUUGUGUAUUUCUCCUUGAACGCAACAUUUCGAAAGAGUCUCAAACAUUUGACCACCAUGUGCCGGCAUAAACAAAAGCGGCUACAACAACGGUUCUCAUUGAGGACUAACAAGAGUGACGUAUGGGACAGAGACACAGACAUGUAUGGUAGCGUUGAGUCUCUUCAAACUAAAUCCACAGUUGGAGUAGUACAUGCGUUACAUCGAAAUGUAAGUCGGGCUGAUUCUUGUGAUGAAUGGAAAUCGCUGAAGAAAGGAACUAAACUAAAAGGUUUAACAAAUGACAUGUAUCUAUAAAUUUACUUCUAGUGGUUGUGUUUUUUUUAAGGAUGUUUUUAUUUGUGGUGUUGAUGCAGUGCGCAUAUUAUAUUUGCAAAGGAUGUCAAAGAUGUGAUCUCAUUGUGUUAGAAUGUGACUGGUCUGAUGAAUGUGAAGGCACUCUUAAAAGUCUCUACCAUCUCUUUUUACAAUGUUAUUGUUAGGGUUAUGUAAUAAGAAAUAAAGGAACACUGAAGAUUAACCUAAAACAAGGCUUUAUUAAACUAGAACGACACAUGAACUGACGAAAGAGACUUGGACAGUAGCACACUAGAUCAAUGUUGUGAACACAUUCUCACGACGUUACACAAACAUAAACAAAUAGUAACUAUUUCACCACAUUCACCCCGCCUAGAAUUAAAAUAGCAAGUAUAAUAAUAUAGUAGGCCAAUAGCAUAAAUGAAGAGAGAAUGCCAGUGCCUGUAAUACAAUAGAUUAUCAAUAGAUCAAUAAAUAGUGUCGAAAUAUUAAUUUCUCUAGUAAACAAUAGUGAAUGGUGAUGCAAAGAAACCUAAAAACCAGUAUCUGUUGUAUGACUUAUAAACAAUUAAUAGUUUCUGUUUUAAGUAUUAACAAAUAGUGUAGUAAGUAAACAUGUACGUAAGUAAGUGAAAAGUAAACUCUAGUAUCAGUAGCAAGAGAUAAACAAUGCCAGUUUAUGUAGAACAUAAGUAGUGCAAUAGAGGAACAACUCUAGACUCUAUAGUUCGGUCUGGUUCUUCUCUCUCUUAAGUUGUAACGGGGUUGACUAUCCUGUUCUACAGUUUGGAAGUCACUAGCGAGUUCCUGAGCGUCAAUUGGGGUAUUUUCAAGAGGAAGCGCUCGGAGGUCCUCAGAGCCUACCAGGGGUUCUUUCCUUUCUUGUAUCACCGUAGGGGUGUUUACUGGUACUUCCGUGUUUUGAGUUUCUGGAGGAUAUUCAUUAUCCUCACCCUGAGGGAAGAACGAAGGUUCACUUGUUGUUGUGGAUGGGGAGGGGGUGGGAGCCAAGCGUCUUAGAGAGACCGUCUCCUCUUUACCGCUGGGCAACCGUACGACGGCAUAUUGGGGGUUACACAUCAGCAGGUCGACUUCCUCCGUGAGAGGAUCAUACUUUGAAGAUCGGUUCUCUCUUCUCAGCAACACUCGACCUGGGCUAGAUAGCCAAGUGGGGAUAGAUAUCCCGAAGGAGGAUUUCCGGUUGAACCGGAAAACUCUCUCGUGUGGAGUUUCGUUUGUUGCCGUAGAUAGUAAUGAUCUAAUCGAGUAUAGGGCCUGGUUUAAGACAAGCUCCCAUCUCGAGUUCGGGAGAUUCAGGUCUUUCAGUGCUAAAGUAACAGCGUUCCAUAGAGUUUUGUUUAGUCGUUCAAUUUGUCCGUUGCAUGAAGGAUUAAAAGCGGUUGUUCUACUUGUAGCUAUUCCCCUCUCGUGCAGAAAGGAUUGCACCUCCCUCGACAUAAAGGCCGUACCUCUGUCAGAAUGGACGUACUCUGGCAUCCCAACUAAGGAAAACAGCUGAUUUAAACACUUUAUGACAGUAGAUGAGGACAUAUCGGGACAUGGGUAGGCAAAUGGGAAGCGUGAGUACUCAUCCAACAUUGUUAAUAAGUAUUUGUUGUGAGUAGCAGAUGGGAGUGGCCCCUUAAAAUCGAUGCUUACUCUCUGAAAUGGUUGGGUAGCCUUGAUGAGGGUGCCUGAAAACUGUUUGAAGAAUCUAGGCUUCAGUUCAGCGCAAGUUUUACAUUGGUUUACCACUUUGCGGACGUCCUCGCAGGAAAAAGGUAAGUUCUUAGUCCGAACGAAAUGGAGGAGUCUCGUGACCCCUGGGUGACAGAGGUUGUUGUGUAACAGUUUGAGGUCUUCUCCAGUCAUUGCUGACGCAAAGUGGUUUCUUGAAAAGGUAUCCGCCGCAGCGUUUUGUUUCCCGGGUCGAUAUACGACGUCAUAUUGGAAACAACUAAGCUCCAGUCGCCAUCUUUGUAUCUUUUCGUUUUUGAUCUUGCCCAUGUUCUGCUGGUCAAACAUAAAAGACACUGAGCGUUGAUCUGUAACCAAUGUGAAGGGUCUACUGAUAAGGUAAUGUUGCCAUUUUCUCAGGGCUUCUACGAUAGCGUAUGCUUCCUUUUCUACUGCUGAGUGUCUGCGUUCACUAUUCGUGAGUGUUCUUGAAAAGAAGGCGACAGGACGGCCUUCUUGAUUAAGAGUGGCGGCAAUCGCGAUGUCAGAGGCAUCUGUUUCGACUGUUAGAGGUCGAUUGUAAUCUAUCGUCGACACAGCAGCGUUUUCAAGUUCGUGUUUUAGCUGUUUAAAAGCUUCUUGAACUUGUUCAGGGGGAGGAAAGGCUUUGUUGUUUACCAAUAAAUGGAUCUUGUUGGAGAAAUUUGGGAUCCAUUGAGAAUAAUAGGACAGUAGUCCAAUCACCCGCUUUGUAAUUUCAUGUCUUGUGGUGGAGGUAGGUUUCUCAAUGCUUGAAAUCUUUCGGGGUCUGGUCUUAAUUGCCCUUGUGAGAUUUCGUAGCCUAGGAGGCAUACUUUAUUAGUCGCAAUAGCACUUUUAUCAUUGUUGAAGGUGAUACCGUACUUUUUAGCGGCAUUGAGAAAUCUCUGUAGAUUCUGGCUACUGGGGUCAAGUCCGCAGAUGGUAACGUUAUCCACGUAAGCGAACGUGUCCUGUAGCCCUGCCUCCUCAAUUAUUGUGUUGAUCGUCCUUUGAAAUGCAGCGACUCCGUUUGUCACUCCAAAAGGAAUGCGGCAAAACUGAUAAAGCUUUCCGCCAGCCUCGAACGCCGUGUACUGCUUUUCAUCAUCCCUGAUAGGUAUCUGGUGGUAAGCGCUUUUGAGGUCAAAUGUACUGUACAUUGAUUAUUUAGAUAUUUCCUGCACCAGUUCAUCAACUUUUGGCACGGGGUACGCGUCGAGGUAAGUGAAUCGAUUGAUGGUUUGGCUAUAGUCGAUAACCAUUCUCUUUUUGUGCCUUUCAUUAGUUGUUACAAUUAUCUGGGCUCGCCACGGGGACGUGGAAGGCUCAAUAAUUUUGUCAGAUAGGAGUCUCUUGAUUUCAUUUUGAAUGAAUUUGGAGUCAGGCAUAGAAUAUUUUCUAGAUUUAGUGGCUAUGGGGUGGCAGUUAGGAGCAAGAUUAGCGAAGAGGCGAGGGGCUUCAACUCGUGCAGCUUUCAGCGUACAGACCUGGAGAGUGCUCCGUUUUCCCUCAAAUGGGAUCAUCAGUUUUUCAUGCUGGCUGAUGAAAUCUAGCCCUAAGAUUACAUCAGAUACUAGUCCAUCUAGUAGUGAGAGCUUAACACUUUCGUAUUGUUCAUCUUUGUACUUUAUUUUUGCGAAAAUAUGGCCGUGAGUAGUGCGAGAAAGAUGUGUAGAGGCCAUGUAGAUUCUGUUUCUGGACGUUUCUAAUUUCCAUCUGUACCUUUUAGCAAUUGAAGAAGAUAUAUAGCUUUCACUGCUCCCCGUAUCUACGAGAGCCUUCAAUGGUACUCCAUUGACGAGUAUUGAAAUAGUAGAUUUAGUAAGACCGGACGCUGGUGUCGAUGCCCAGGAAGAUCCAACGGUUGUAGUCCGAGACGUCUCAUCAUCUGCUUUCACUAUGGCUGAGGUUAUAGAUUUGAGUGUCUGUCUGGUCGAUCUACAGACUUUCUGGAAAUGGCCCCUCUUACCACACAAGUUGCAUGUAGCGUCGCGGACCGGACAUCUAAAGCGUUGAUGUGGGCUGUUUCCACAAAAGAAACAUCUUUUACUAGUCGCCGCACUCACCUCGUGUUCUACUUUUGUCGUUGGAGAAAGGCUCUCCUCGUCGGCGCUAGCUCCACAGGGAGUUUCAGAGCAGAUGUUAUACGCCAUGGCAUGGUUAUGGGCAUAUUCAAGUUGUCUUGCCUCUUCAUAGGCGCACUGUAGAGUUAAAGUAGAUUUCUCUAAGAGUCGCAGCCUUAUGCUGUUUGAAGCCAGUCCAGUAAUGAAGGCGUCUCUUACGAAGAUAUCUCUGUGUUCUUCAGCGGUGACAGCUUUGAAGUCACAGUCUUUGGCCAUACUUUUAAGCUUAAGUAGGAAGGAGUCAACGGUUUGUCCGUUCUCUUGUCGACAAAGAGUUAUCAUGUGCCGUGCAAAAAUUUCGCUUUUAGGCUUCACGUAGACAUUUUGUAGAACUUUGAUUGAUUCUUCGAACGUGGUACACUCACUUAUGUACUGAAAUACGCUCGAAGAAACGUAGUUUUCCAGUAAUUUCUUUUUGUCAAUCUCACAGUGAGAGACUGAGGAGAUGAAAUUCUCAAAUGUUCUGAGCCAGUGCAGCCACUUCUCGGCAGCCGAUGGCGAGCUAGGCUCUAUGUCUAGCUCUUUUGGCCUAAAUAGCCGUUCCAUUUGUAUAAUUACUUUUACUUACAGACUGAGAAUAGUGUUGAACGAAAAUCCAAAAAAGAUACGUGAGGCACAUAGAUCCAUAGAAUUGAAAAUUUCUAGUUUAAUAAAUUGUAAUAAGAAAUAAAGGAACCCUGAAGAGUAACCUAAAACAAGGCUUUAUUAAACUAGAACGACACAUGAACUGACGAAAGAGACUUGGACAGUAGCACACUAGAUCAAUGUUGUGAACACAUUCUCACGACGUUACACAAACAUAAACAAAUAGUAACUAUUUCACCACAGUUAUUUUUAGAAACAUUUUUCCUUUUCUAAUUGAAGAAAUCAGCAGAAAUUUUUAAAAAAAUCUCUAAUCUAUAUUUUGACUAGCUAUACACACCGGAUACGCCCGUUGAUUGGUUCCCUCGCUUUAGAGUCAAUAUUGUUAAUUAUGGCCGAAACAUCCAAUCUGUUUUCUUUAACUGGACACGCUUUAACGAUCUCCUAACAUACGUGAAUUAUUGUAUCUUUUACUAUAAUAUUUCAGAAUUGGCUUACUCUUGUUGCUAUUCCUCUAUUAGGAAUGUGAAAAAAAUUAAAAGGGGAUGUAUAAUACUGUAUAAAUAUGAAUAAAAAGACAUUAUACACAGUUAGCUAGUGUAUUUUUUUAAUUUAUAUAUAUAUUGUGUAUUGAAGAUAGCCAAUAAAAACUUUUUUCGUUUACUUUGAAACUUUUAUAAUGAGACAGUUUCAACAACUUAUAGAGAUAUUUAUAGUUAUAUUUAAUAGAUUUCAAUUUUUAUAUUAUAUACUGUGAGAACUCCUGAAUUCUGUUGGUCCGCGGGCCGCGUAAAACACUCCGGCGGGCCGCAUGUAGCCCUCGGGCCGUAAUUUGCCCACCCCUGAUCUAGAGUCUUUUUCCGUUUUUUUUUCGAGAGAGAGAAAGAGAGAAAGAAAGAGAGAGCGUCCAUUGAAUUAUUGUAACACUGUCAAAAAAACAAAAAUUCUUAAUUUCAUUGAAAAUCUAGAUUCUAAAUAUUUUGUCAUUUUACUACAUUCAAUAAACGAUUACAGUUAAUAAAACCAAAUUGAUAUUUCUUUUUUAUUUAGAGAACAAAAUACCAAGAGAGAAAUAUAGAAAGGGGAACGGGGACACUGGCGGAUCCAGAACUUUGGAGUGGGGGGGGCGAUUUUUUUCCAAACCCUAACCCUAACGCCCAGUAAACCCUAACCCUAUGCAUAAACGUGCGAACAGCAUAUAUAUAUAUAUAUAUAUAUAUAUAUAUAUUCAAUAUAUGAGAAUAAAAUAAGACUGUUUCUCAAUGUUCGGUGAAAAAAAAAAAAAACAGUCAUGUUGAGGCCUUUCUCUUGCAAACUUGGAGGUCUGGGAGAGCGCUUUAAGCUUACUCAGUGGGGUUCGGGGCGAAGCCCCGACACCCAAAAGCGUUUUCUUGCAUUUUUCACGGCUGAAACGCAUUCUCCUGACAUCUACAGCUCAUUUGUUAUCAGUGGAGUUCGGGGCGAAGCCCCGACGCCUAAAGCGUUUUCUUGCAUUUUUCACGGCUGCAACGCAUUCUCCUGACAUAUACAGCUCAUACUUAUUAGUGGGGUUUCUUGCAUUUUUCACGGCUGAAACGCAUUCUCCUGACAUCUACAGCUCAUUUGUUAUCAGUGGAGUUCGGGGCGAAGCCCCGACGCCUAAAGCGUUUUCUUGAAUUUUUCACGUCUGAAACGCAUUCUGCUGACAUCUACAGCUUAUUAUUCAUUCUAUUAUAAAGGACCUUUUUAAUAAUGUGGAAAAAUAUUCUAAUAUGAAUUAAUAGUCCUUUAAUACAUUGCAAAUACAACCGAUUUGUUCUUUGAAAAGAUAAGAUACCCCACAUAUUUAGAUUAAGGCUUUGAGGAUCGCCGCCGAAAAAAGAAAUAUUCAAUUAAUAAUAUUCAAUAAAAUUCGAACAUAAAUUGUGAGUUAUAGUCCUAAAUUUAUUUAACUAGAAAAAUAUGAGAUAGAGUAAAGGUUGGAAAAAGUCGACUAGGAAAAGGUUAUUUGGCUUUUGAACUAAUCUCAACCGUGACUGUUAUAUUGAAAAAUUUCGUUUGAAUUAUAACUUUUCCAAAGCAAAGUCUUUCUUAAAAUAGUUAUGAUAAAUUCAUGUGAAAUUACACAAACUCUCUCUGGAAAGGGGAAUGGCGGUAAAAUGAAAACGAUUAAUCCUCGCUCCUUUUUAUAAUUUCUGCUAAUGAUUGCAUUUUGCAUUUAAGAAUAGGGGUUGGGCGACUCGAUAUAAGAAUUUACUUUAUAGCAUAUAUAAAUUAUAUUAGUAAUUAAUUAUUUUAAUUUUGUAAUUUCUUACUAUAAUACAAAAAGAAAAAGUAUUGGUUUGUCCGAAGGUGAUUGCAUGUAUCGCACUUCCAUCUGUUUAUAUUAUAUAGAUAUUCGACUAAUUUUGUUCAAAUACUAUGAUUUCUCCAUAAAAGUAGGACCGCCCCCCCCCCCACUCAAAGGGUUUAGAUGGGAAGGGCAGUGGAGGUAUUCGCUCCUCCCCUUCCAAUCGGCCAACAGGUGAACGACAUAAUAUAAAGACCGGUUAAAAUACCAAUAACAAGUUUUAAUCAUAUAGAUAUAUAUUUAAUUGAUUCUGUUAGCAAUAUGUGAUUUCUACGAAUAAAUAGGACCGCCCCCCCCACUCGAAAGUUUAUGGUGGGGUGGGGGGCGGAUUGAUGCCAUCGCCCCCUCCCGACCCUACCAAAUCGGCCAAAAUACUAGAAAAGGGGGGGGGGCGAAAUAAUCUAAAAAUAGGUUGAAAUAUAAAUAAUUAGUAUAUAUUAUUAAUAUAAGUAAUAAAUUCGUAUACAAAUUGUGUGUAUUCUAUACCAAAAAUUCGUCCGCCCCUCCCCCCCUGGAUCCGCCAGUGAACGGGGAUGUGUACAGGGCCGGUCUUAGGGCACUGCAACCUAUGCGGCCGCCGUGGGCCCCGCACUUUCAUAGGCCCCGUGCUAACUCUAGUUGUAAAUUAUUAAAUUAAACCAUUUUAACUUAUAACAGGGUUUCCGCGUCCUCCUAAUUUUCCAGGAGCUCCUGGAAAUCUCCUAAAAUUCCAAAGUAUACGAAAAAAAAAGUCAUGAAAAUCUCCUGAAAUUAUUAAAAUAUCCUGAAAACUCAUAAAAACGUUAUAAAAAAAGACAAAUGGUCAUUUUGGGGUGUCACUCAGUAUGGACAACUCCAAUCCUACUCGCAAUUAAAAAUAUGGCAUUGUCAGCGUUCCUUUAAUAAAUAUAAUAAGGCGAAUUUUAACCAAAACGAGAAGUUCCAAUAAUUAAUUUCAUGUAAUAGUCACUGACAUAUAAAUAUAGAUCUAAAUCUAUUUCGAUCUCGAUAUUUUGCUAGUUGAGACUCGAUGAUAAGUCUAAAAGACAAUUCUGAAUGUUUAUCGGCUUUUUGUUGGAAAAUUACCUUCUAUCGUUCGUCAAAAUAAUUUUAUCGUGAUUUUGUACAUAGUAAAAUAAAAUGCAUAGACGUAUUUAUUUUCUAACAAAAAAAACAACUUGAUUUUCACUUAUUAUCCUUAUCCCUACCAAAACUAGGCCCCGCGCAAAUUCGUUUCGCAUAGGGCCCCUCAAUCCGUGAAUUUGUACGAAUGACAUUUUGUAUUUGGUGGUGGAUGUUAGUAAAAGUGCUACUAAAAUCAACGUGCCCAUUAGAGCUUGUAUGUGUCGGGCGCGCAGUAUGAAGCGGGUUUUUCCAAAUCAAGUCCAUGUGGGAGAAAUUACUGUGUGCUAAAAAUGUAUGUUAGGUUGAUCGUUAAACUGUGGCCCGUUAAUUAGAAUAAAAAAAAAGAAAAGGAUGUUUAAAAAACAAUAAAAAACAAUAUAAAGCCUAGGAACAAAUCGACGAGCGUAGCCCGGUGCGUACUGCUGGUAUAAUCAUAGACAUCAAUAAAUAUAGACUGGAAAAAGGAAAUAACUUCAUGUAACUUGAAAACAUGUAUAUCUAUUGUAUUCGGAUUUCCGAAUUCUUAAAAAUUGAAAAAUUGCACGAUUAAACAAAACUCCUAGACAUAAAUAAAGUACACAGAAAUGCAAGUCACAAAUUUUCGUUUCAUAAAACUCUAUUAUCGGCCAGUCUAUAUUUAUUUAUGUCUAUGGGUAUAAUAUACAUUAAUACAAUCUAGACAUUAAAAAAUAUAAUUUAAAAGUAGAUCCCAAUUUAUAAAUAGAUUGAAUUGAACAUUUGAUUCGGCAAAAAUGUGUUAACUAAAAUAGAUUAAAAUCCUAACUCUAUAGAAAAUGAUUAAAUAGUUCGGUCUGUAUUCGAAACAUUUAUAAAGAGAACACACCUUGAGCCUGGGGAUGAAGAAGCUCAGAUAAUUGUUUGCAGAUGUGGAAAGGAAAAAAAGAUUGCAUUAUUUUUUUUAGGUCUCACUAUCUUGGAUGAAGAAAGUAAGACAAUUAGUUUCGUUUAUAGUUUGGCGCAAUCAAAUUAUAUUUAGAACUAUUUUGAGGUUAGAAUGUACUUGAAUGAUUUUUUUAAGGGGAUGUGUGUGUCUCGUUCAAUUUUUAAAAAAGUGAUGUUCAUGUAUUUUGUGACAAAGAUUUACUGUUGCAGUGUUGAAUGGCUGUAUAGGAAAUACAAUAAACCAAAUAAAAAUGAUUAGAACUUAGGCCACGAGACCUUCAUCAGCUUCCAUGUUUAUUAUGUCUAUUGCCUGUAACUUGCCAGAGGUUGUCAAAGUUGUUCAUUCUUACAUACAGGAGAUUGUCACUUACAACUUACACGAGUUAACUAUUGGCCUAUUUUCUGUUAAUUGUUUUUCUUUUUACAACUCACUCUGUCUGUCUGUCUGGCCAAAAGUUUGUAAAGGUUAUUUCUUCGACACCCAAUCUCGAAUCAAGCUGAAAUUCAGCACAAUUAUUUCUUUUACCUGACAACACAAGAAUCAAUAAAACAAUUAAUCAAUUAGUUAAUUAACUAUUGGUAAAGAAUUACCUUGUUUGAUAUCGCAAACAAGGGAAAGAAAUAGUACUUGACUGAAGUGGGGGUAUAAGCUGAAUAUAAGCUUUGUCGUCUGAGGCUUAGUGAACACAAACAUGAAAUAGAAACAAUAGAUAACUGUACUAUCUUCACUAGUAAGGUGGUUACCGCGUUGGCUUGAGAAGCCUGAGAGGCUUUAACCCGCAAGUUCGAAUUCACGUAUUCCUUUUUUUUUAAAUACAUUUCAAAAGCGAUCACACAGAUACCCCGUUCUUUAUCCCCUUUCCAACUGGACCAGACAAGUGAUAUGAUAAUAGCGUAUUGAAAACGCUAAAAGCAUGAGAUUGCGCUAAACAAAAAAAAUUUAAAGAUAUUUCUAAUCACAGAUUUUUUUUUAUUGUUAGUCUCGAUCUAAUACAAAUUUAAUGACAUGACUGAUCCAAAAUAUAAGCUUUGUUUUAAAAAGUAUUUUUUUAUAUAUUUUGCUUGUUUUGUUGUAGCUGAUGAAGGCCUCAUUGCCCAAACCUCUUCUGUUUUUAUUUAGUCUGGCAGAGUGAACUCUAUGUAAGUUUAUUGUAUGAUGUAUUCCAUGUACUCGUGUGUCUCGUUCAUCUUAAAGGAUUUCUCUGAAGUAAAGAAAUACGAAGGACUUCUGUUAUAACCCUGGUGCUUAUUUAUUAGCUUGUUUAAAGCGUUGUUUUAUAAAAUGAUUUGACCAACUUACCAUUUUGGGUUGCGACACUCUAUAUCUUCAGCUCACUGUGAUGUUAUUUCUAUAGAGUAAUACUAUUUAUGUCAUUACAUGAGAGUCACAUACAUCAUGCCUUCUUAUACAUAAAGGUUUCUACAUUCUACUGACAAGAGAUUGCUACGGGUUACUCUCAAUAGGUUUGAACACUGCUUUGGUCUACGUUUUUUUCACACGAUUAAUAGCUGUUACUUACUUACAACGGUUGUCACUUACCACUUACAAGGUUGUUAAUUUAUUACUUACAGGGGUUGUCACUUUCCAAGUUAUUAAUUUGUUACUUACAAGGGGUUGUCACUAACCAAGUUAUUAAUUUGUUACUUACAAGGGGGUGUCACUUACCACUUACAAGGUUGUUACUAUUACUAACAAGGAGUUAACUUACGAAUUUGUACUUACAAUAACUCUGGUAAGAAAACAAAUGUAAGCAAAAUGUCUUCAUCAACUCCAUUCUUAUUUUUUUUAUUAACUGGAGACGUUAACUUUACAAAAUUGUUUUACUUCUAGAAAGAAAAAAAAAAGUGUUGGGAGGAACAUUGUUUACAGAUUGCGUUUAUUUGAGUUCCACAGACAGUAGAGAUUAGUAUUUGGAUAUGUUUUAAUCUAAAGCGAACUUUCACUUAUCUGUUGUUUACCUUGAAUUGUUUACUUUUCUCAUUUGAUGCUCAGAAAAAAAAAAGAUCUGACUCUAAAUAGUAAUGAAUAAAGAACUACAUUUACACGUAGACUGUAUGUGGAUGUUUUUGAUAGCGUUGUAGGAAUGAAAACGGUUCAUAUUCCUCAUUCUUCAAAGACUGCACUUGAAGAGUAUGUUGGCUUUACAAUAAGAUUUACCAAACAAUAUAUAGUUAUAGUCUAAGUAUUCUGUAGUAUGCC